AUGGUGACUGGAACAUCCUCAGCAGUGACAGAAAACACAUCUACAACAACCAGUUCUUAUACUACAGAGACAUCAAGCGAGACAUCUACGCUUUCCACUCUCUUGACAACGCCCACAGGUGCGAGCUCCACACCAUCAAGGGAAGCUACAACACCUACUCCCAAAAUGACAACCGAGGUUAACUCUGCUACAACACUGGGAGAAACUUCCACAGCAUCCGAGGGUAGCACUGAGUCAAGCCACUCGGAAACAACAUUACAUGUCACAAACACAGAAUCUACUCUUUCUCAGCAAUCAUCCACCACAGCAUCAGGCUCUGAGAGUACAACUGAAGCCACGACCUCUCCACUUUCAAGUACACCCAGUCAAGCAGGCACCUCCCAGUCCAUGUUCACCAACCAAGGCCAAAGUACCACACAAGGCUCAACAGAGGGAUCGUCAACACAGACAGCUUCUACUCCCACAGAGGAAACGUCAUCCAUAGUCAGUCCUGGCCCUUACCAAGCAUCUAUGUCGACUACGAUGGAAGCCACCUCAACCUUGUCCACUCCGGAAUCUACAAAAGAAACGUCGAGCACAGAAACAAGUCAAACCUCGACUGUUUCCACUCAAUCGGCCUCCACGGAAUCUGCUUUCGUUGCCACUGCAUCUUUAACUUCCUCUGAGGAGCCAACGACUCAAGAAACGACAAUGACUGGGAUGUCUUCAGUAUCUACUGUUUCAACGACUGAGGAAAGCUUGACAUCGGAAAUGGUGACUGGAACAUCCUCAGCAGUGACAGAAAACACAUCUACAACAACCAGUUCUUAUACUACAGAGACAUCAAGCGAGACAUCUACGCUUUCCACUCUCUUGACAACGCCCACAGGUGCGAGCUCCACACCAUCAAGGGAAGCUACAACACCUACUCCCAAAAUGACAACCGAGGUUAACUCUGCUACAACACUGGGAGAAACUUCCACAGCAUCCGAGGGUAGCACUGAGUCAAGCCACUCGGAAACAACAUUACAUGUCACAAACACAGAAUCUACUCUUUCUCAGCAAUCAUCCACCACAGCAUCAGGCUCUGAGAGUACCAUUGAAGCCACGACCUCUCCACUUUCAAGUACACCCAGUCAAGCAGGCACCUCCCAGUCUACGUUCACCAGCCAAGGCCAAAGUACCACACAAGGCUCAACAGAGGGAUCGUCACCACAGACAGCUUCUACUCCCACAGAGGAAACGUCAUCCAUAGUCAGUCCUGGCCCUUACCGAAGCAUCUAUGUCGACUACGAUGGAAGCCACCUCAACCUUGUCCAAUCCGGAAUCUACAAAAGAAACGUCGAGCACAGAAACAAGUCAAACCUCGACUGUUUCCACUCAAUCGGCCUCCACGGAAUCUGCUUUCGUUGCCACUGCAUCUUUAACUUCCUCUGA